GAAUCUAUUUUUUGAUUAGUUUUUGAUUUUAAUUCUAGGUUCCAGCGUUGGAUUGCACCAUUGAUAUUGAUAAAAUACCUGGAAUGAAGUUAACCUUGAAAUCUUCUUUGGGGGAGUUCCAGAUCUGAUGCGCGAAGGACUUGGAGAUCAUCCAGAAGUCCUUGAUUUGAUUAGGGAGAACACCCCUUUUUCUCAUUUUUUGGAUGUUGAGUGUAUUCCUCCUCCUCCUCUGUUCCUAUGGCAACUCAUUGUGAGGGAAGCCAAAAUAAAGAGGAAAGGAGAGAUGUGGUUCGUUUUCAAAGGAGUUCCUGUCAGGUACUCCUUGAGGGAGUUUUCACUCAUUAGCGGCCUCAACUGCUCUCACCUUAACGCCGGAUUUGAAAAUUCUAAUGAAUUAACCUCUGCAAAGAAUGAUUUCAUUCGAGCUCACUUUCCUUCUGCAAAGAAGGGAAAGAAAUUUGCUGCAGUCACAUACAAGAUGGUUGUGCAGCGUUUCUUGGAAAUUUGUAAAGGAUUGGACAGGGAAAAGAAGAAAGAAGGCCAGGAGAUGGAUGCUGUGAAAAUGGCAGCACUUUUGUUUGUUGUUGUUGUUCUCUUGGGUCCUACUGAUCGAGACAAGUCUGCAAUUCCAGAUUGGAUUCUGGGCAUGAUUGCACAGUGGACAGCAAUUCUAGGUUUCCCAUGGGGAACCUGGGCAUUUAUGGAGUCCUUGGGGUCACUAAGGAAAGGCCUAGCUGCUAAGGCCAAAUCAAUUGGAAGAUGGGCCUCAUCAACCAUGUACUAUACUGGUUUCUUACUUCCCAUUGGGACUCUAAAAAGCAUUCUUGUUCCCGACAAGUUUGAGGCAACUGCAGAGUGGUAUUUGAACUUCCAUCCUCUAGAGACCACAAAACACCCCGAGUUGGAUGCAUUUGUGGCAAAAUUAGAGUGUAGAGGGGAAGUCCACAUUCCGGUGGAGAGGAAGAGAAAAUCCCGGAAUGUCCCUUCACCAACAAGAGAUAAUUCUGAAGAGCGUAAUGAGCACAUCUCCUCUCCCCAAGAAUCUCAGAGGAGUCAGAGCCUUAGGGAAUCUCCUUAUAGAGUCUCCCAUUCCAACAUCCCAAAUCCAUCGUCUCCUACCCCUCACCCCGCCAAGCCUUCAUCCAAUUCCUUUCAAGAACUCUUUGAUCGAAUGUCAAAGAAAAUUGAUAACAUUGCAGAAGAACAAAGAAAGAGAACUGAUCUAUUCUUAUGUAAAAAUAUGAAGGUGAAUGUAACUGAAUCAGGAGAAGAACCAACCAAGAAUCCGCAGGAGGUGCCAGAGAUGACAAUCAUGGGUGAUUGUGAGGAGACUGAGGCACGCAAUCCUUCCCCUGACCAUAAGGUUUCUCCAAGACUUGGUAUUCUCCAAAUUGUUAGGGAAAUAAAACAAGAGCACGAGAAUCAACCUUCAACUCUUUCUGAUUCUGUUCUUAGUUUGGAGAACAGAAAGGCUGAGUCUACCCACGAGACAAUGGGAACAGAAGAUGCUACCUCAAUGAAGCCUCUGCAGGAAAUGGUUGAGUCUAGCCAUGAGGUAAUGGAAACAGACGCUGCUGCUUCUAUGAAACCUCUGCAGGCUGAUUCUACCCACGAGACAAUGGGAACAGAAGAUGCUACCUCAAUGAAGCCUAUGCAGGAAAUGGUUGAGUCUAGCCAUGAGGUAAUGGAAACAGAUGCUGCUGAUUCUAUGAAACCUCUGCAGGCUGAGUCUACCCACGAGACAAUGGGAACAGAAGAUGCUGCCUCAAUGAAGCCUCUGCAGGAAAUGGUUGUUUCUCCCCCGAAGGAAUCGGGAGACGAGGCUGAAAUUACUGAUGCCAUUGUGUAUGGAAAGAGAGUGAAAAAGAAGUCAGCCAGUUUGAAGUCUCCUUAUACAGCGGACGGGAGGAAGAAAAAGAAAGCCGAUGAGCUCUUAUCUAAGCCGCCAACUAAAGUAGAUCUUUUGGAAUUUAAGAGCUUCAUCAUAAAAGCAAUUAAAGAGGACCGCCCUGUACAAUGCUACCUCGCACAGUACAAGGAGAUUCAGGGAUUUGUGAAAAUGUGGUGGACUGACCUUAUCACUCCAGGUCUUUGGUUAGCGGAUACUUAUCUGAGUGAGUACCUUUACGUCCUGAGAAGACGUUUAUGCAAUGACGAUGGAGACUCAUGCAUUGCGCCUUUUAAAUUCUUCAAUUACGUGAACUCUUAUGCGCAUGACCCACAAUGGCCUGUUUUGUCUGGACCCCUUGAAAAGAUUGUGGAUGAUGAACUUAGAGGGUUUAAAGGCAUUGCUGGAAUUAGAGAAAUCAGCAAGCACGGAUAUGCCGAUUGGGAAAUCGAAUACUGCCCAGUACCCCAACAGAUUGAUAGUGACUGCGGCAUCUUUGCGGUCAUUCCUUCUCGCUAUCAUCCACGGGAGGAGAGAUUGGAUAUAUAUACUCGGAUUGGGUGCUAUCCAGUCCGAGUUGUUCUUGGAGAUGACGGCAAGCAUCGAUUCGCUGCCGAGAAUGGAUGGAGAUACUUUCUUUAUGACCACCAAUGCCAAAAUCUUUGGCAUAUUCUGUUCAAAAAAUUAUCAGAGACAGCAUACACAGCCAUUGUGAUUUCGACCCUUGGUUCAGAAGUUGACUACCCAAUAAGAAUUCCUGAUUAUGAUUCUGAUGCAGAUGAUGUUACAGAUGAUGAUGAUGACGUCUUUGUUUGCAAGUUGGAAGAAUCACACUUUCUGGAGUCAUCCCAGAAGCUGCCCUUAAGUGAAGAAUUUUGCGAAGCAAAUGGAUUUGUAGAGGGAAAAACAGAUGUCACUCUCAUAGGACCCAACAUGCAGCCUGUGGUCUGCACACUCAAGGUUGAUUGUAUUGGUGAUGGGUUCCUGAAGAGAAUGUGGCGUUACUUUGUUGAUUCGAAUGGUUUGCGUGUUGGGGACAAGCUUGUGAUGAGGCCGGUGGGGAACAACACCUUUAUGGUGGGAGUUUACCGUCAUCACAGACGGUAAACAAAAAUUUAAUUGAAUUUUUUUUAAUGAACAUUAUCAUUAUCUGAUCUUUUCCAGGUAUGCGUGCCUGGGGAUUUAAUGUGUUUGUACAACUCUUUUUUCGGUUAAGUUCUUAGGCAUCUUUGAUAACUCGGGUUUGGUUUAGUACUUUUUAUUCAAUUUUAGGCAUUUUUAAUAUUUUUAGUAUUUAAUUCUUAGUUAUUUAGCUUAGGUUUAUUCUAACUUUCAUUUUUUACAAUCUUUUAAUUUUCUCUCAUAAAUAGCAUGUUUUUAAUCAUUUUUUUACAUUAUUUUAUUUUUAUUUUAUUUUUCCUAACCCAAGUUAUCAGAUAUCUUAUUUGUGGAGGAAAGUAUAGCAAAAGACCAAAUCGGAGUUCAAGUUUGAAAGGAAGCACUUGAAUUUGGGGCAAAGCCCAAACCCAUCAUCAAAACAAGUUAAUUGGCCCAUCCAUUGCUCUCCUGAUUCGCACAAGAAAGACAGAAAAAAGAGAAGAAACGCAACUUCUUCUUCAUUAAGGCAAGCGAAGUAAACACUCCAAGUUCGACCGGCGAAGCAUUCAACGCAUAUCUUCUCCAACGUCUCUCCAUUCAAUUCGCCCACACGCUCCAACGCGGGAAGAAUUCAACGGCAAGUGGUUCUCCUUGGACUAUAAAUUGAAGACAAAUUGCAACCAGAGGAGGGGGGAAAUAUCACGCAGAGAGCCGCGGCUCUAGGCCGUGGCAACUGAGAUUGAAGCCGCGCACCAGAGGAGGAAGCAGACGGCGGCGGACCACUGCUCGCCGGCGGACGACGAUGGUGGGCAGCAACCUUUUUCAAGCUCCAAUCCUUUAAUUUCUUCGUCUUCUUCAACAAAGUGGUAACCCUAGCUUGUUUCUCCAAUUUUGUUCUCCAAUUCUUUGUAAAGUGUUGUUUUUAGUUUAAUUUUUACAUUUUUGUUUAUUUGUUUGUGUUAAUUUCAUAAAUUCCAAAAUGGUUGGUGUUCUUCUUUUUGGGUUUUUUUUAAUGUUUAUAUAUUCCCUUAUGAAUGAGAAUUGAUUCUUUCUUAUUUACUUCAAUUAUUGCACAAGUUGUUGUUAAAUUGAUUGAAUUGUUUCAAAUUCAUAAGUAGGUUGUUAUGUAGAAUUCGGUUUUUGUUGAAGCUAUUUUAGCUCCAUAAGAUAGUUAAAUAAAUUCUGAAUUCAUACGUGUUUCUUUGUUGUGCUUGUGUUCGUUGAUUUUAAGGAUUUUGGACUUCUUAGCCCCAUAAGUUGAUUCAUUUUCCUUAGAAUUCGUUAUAAAGUGAUUUUGUUAUGUUAUGUGUUUAUUUUCCAUUUUCUUUAAAUUAAGAUUGUUUAAGUGCAAUAAACAAUUCUUAAUUUAUUGAAAAUAUGUUGUGUUCUUCUAUGUGAAUAGAAAAAAACGUCAUUGGUUUGAGAAGUUCAUGGAAAUCUGUGAAAUGUGCUCAUCAUUAGGAGAAAAGGUUUAUUAAAAUGCAUAAGGUAUUGGCGGUUUGUGAAUAUAUUAUGCAUGAGAGUUAGAAUGAAAAAAAAAUCGCUCUUUUAUAAAAUUUUUCUAUAGUGGAAGUAUGUUUUCAUGUUUGAUUGGUGAGUUGGGGUUCUAAGGUAUAUUUCAAAAUGGGCCUUUGAAUUGCAUGACUCCGGGCCGUGUGGAGAGUUGACAAUCCUCCAUAUCGUGGUUAAGGAAAUGAAUCGACUCGGCCUUUGAUUGAUUUUUCCUAUUCUUAAGUGCGUAAGUUACGUAAUAUAUUGUCUACGUGCCUAUUAUACGUGUAA